GCUGGUGCUGGUGCGGGCAGCGCUGGUGCGAGCACUGCUGGUGCGAGCCCUGCUGCUGCGGGCACCGGUGGUGUCAGCCCUGCUGCUGCGGGCACCGGUGUGGGUGCCUCUGGCGCGCACCGCUGGUGCGAUCUCUGCUGCUGCUACCACUGCUGGCGCGAGGCCUGCUGCUGCGGGGACCGGUGGUGUGCACACGGCUGCCUGUGAGCCCUGCUGCUGCGGGCACCGGUGCUAUGAGUGCCUCCUCGCGGGUGCCACUGCAGUGGGUGGUGGCGCUGCCACUGCAACUGCUGGCAUGGGCACUGCUCCCGCCGGUGCGGUAUGCGCCUCUGGCAGUCUGAGUUCAGCUGUGGCUGCACACGUUGUGGGUGCCGUUGACAGCGGCAUCGAUCCACUCGAAGGGGCUUAA